UUGAAUCCGUUAGGGCAUUUAGCUCGUUUCAGUUCUAGUCGGACUCGGCUGGUUAAAUUUCAAAUUCUUUUUCCGUUCUUUAGGUUUUCAGAAGUCGUCCGUCGUCUCUCUCGAAAGGAGAUUGAUUCCUUUGGUUUGAAAUAGAGAUAAUGGCGGAAUUGAGCUUGGGUAUUCUCAUAGAUAUAGUGGAUGACGACUGGGCGAGAGACACUCUGCCUGAUGAUGAUCUUCCAUUACCCCCUGUACUGGCUUCUAGAACAGAUGAAACUGAAGACUCGAGUAUGUUUUUUCUUCCAUGGAUCUGAGAAUUUAAUUGGAAUUAUGCAAUAUGCAAUGUAUUUGCAUUAUCCGGUGUUUAUUUUGAUGUUUAUGUCCUAGGUCCCAGGAGGGUGUUUAUGUUCUUAAUUCUACUUAUUUUUGUGUUUUGGCAAGAUAUUGGGCCAUUGGCAAGUGGCUU